AUUGAACAGUGGAGACUGUGUCCAGUUAGACAAGAGUACAAGUGCUCACAGCACCCUAACGCACGAAGAAGAAGCAGCUCUUCAGAUGUUACUGCUACUGCCGACGAAGAUGAACAUGUCCAGAAGAGCCGUGCUGGGUUUGAUUCUCCUUUGUCUGUCACCAUCAUCAUCUUCUGGAGACUCCUCAACCCUCAACAUUUUGCCUGGAGAUAAUGUCAUUCUGCCAUGUUACGUUCCAAAUGAUCAAUCAAUUGGGGCUGUGAUGUGGACCAGGUCUUACCUGAAUUCAAAAUAUGUAUUUUUUUACCAGAGCAAUGCAUCUGAUCCAGACACUCAGAAGUCACCUUCUCUGAGACGCAUACAUGUGCUGGAGGAUGGUGAAUCGUCUUUGUUUAUAGUGGAAGCAACAUUUGCUGAGAUUGGAACGUAUGAGUGUCAUGUCGCCCAGACAGGAACAAACAACUCUACGGCGGCCAUUUUGAAGACCGAGCCAAUCAACACUGUCAAGCUGACAAUGGAACCGAUGAAAGUCUUAGUUGCACCUGGAGACAUUGCCAUUCUGCCAUGCGAGGUUCCAAAUAAGGAAUCCAUUGGAGCUGUGAUGUGGAUCAGAUCUGACUUGAAUCCAGAAAAAGAACUUUUUUACCAGAGCAAUGCAUCUGAUCCAAGCACUCAGCCGCCACAUUAUGUGAACCGUGUACGUCUAGUAAAUACAGACAUGGAGAAUGGUGAACUGUCAUUGUUUCUGUAUGACACGACUUUUGGUGAUGAUGGAACGUACGAGUGUCAUGUCACCCAGGUAGGAACAAGCAACUCUAAGGCAGCCAUUUUGAAGACUACGCCCAUCAAAAUCAUCAAGCUGACAGUGGAACCAGUAGAAGAAGAGUUUGAGGUUGGCCAGAGUUUGGAAGCAUGUGAUCCAUCUGUGUUUUUUCAGCCACUUGUUUUUGCUAUGGGAAUUAUGGUUGUCAUCAUAGGUAUUUUGAAAUAUUGUUUUGGCUGGCAUAAGGCAGCUCCAUGCACAGCCAACCUGCUUGUUAAAAACUAACAUUUUUCUGUAACCUUUUCGAACUUCUUCAGUGUUAGGUUUAGUUAUUAAUGUAUUCCUAUUCAUGUAAUUCAUUCAUGUUUAAGAGUUUGUUAAAAUGAACUGUAAAGAGCC